AUGGUUGGUGUUCCACGGCACAUUGCAGAGCACCGUCUGAACGUCUCAGAAGACGCAAAGCCAGUGGUGCACGCCAAACGCCACCUGGGUGACAUAAAGCACGACGCCAUGAAAGAGCAAGUACUAGAACUACUAAAUGUAGGCAUCAUCAGAGAAGUCAGAUACCAAACUUGGGUAGCAAGCCCAGUGAUGGUAAAGAAACCAAACGGCAGCUGGAGAAUGUGCGUCGACUACAAAGACUUAAACAAGGCAUGCCCGCGCGACUGCUACGCCUUACCAGACAUAGACGAGAAGAUCGAUUCUUUGGCAACAUUCAGGUGGAAAUGCUUUCUUGAUUACUACAAGGGGUAUCACCAAGUUCAAAUGGCCGUCCAAGACGAAGAUAAGACGGCAUUCCGCACGCCGACAGGGUUGUAUUGUUACACCAAGAUGCCUUUUGGCCUAAAGAAUGCGGGUGCGACGUACCAAAGAUUGAUGAACGAAACAUUCAGUGAUGCUAUCGGCAAGUACAUAGAAGUGUACAUGGAUGAUCUGGUGAUUAUGAGCAGGGAAGAGAGCAUGAUGCUGGCAAAUAUCCAGAAAACUUUCAACACGCUACGCAGCGUGAGUAUCAAGCUAAACCCAGCGAAAUGCUCAUUUGGUAUGGAGGAAGGAAAGUUCUUAGGCUUCAUCGUCACAAAAGAUGGCUUUAAGGUGAAUCCGGAAAAGGUCCAAGCUAUAGAGAGGAUGCCCUCACCAUCAAACAUCAAAGACAUGCAAAAGUUAGCAGGACGACUAGCCGCGCUCAAUCGUUUCCUAGCUAAUCAUGCUGCAAAAUCCUUUCCGUUCAUCAAAACCUUGCGCAAUUGUAUGAAGAAAAGUCAAUUCCAAUGGACUCCGGAAGCAGAGAACGCGUUCCGCGAGAUGAAAGAUUGCCUCAUCAAACUGCCAACCCUAACUACACCAAACAAGGGAGAACCUUUGGUACUUUACCUUUCAGCUUCCGAUAGGGCAGUCGGAGCUGUGCUGCUUGUCGAUCGUCAAGGUGUCCAAACACCAGUUUACUACGUGUCGAGAACCUUGACCGAUCCAGAAACCCGAUAUGCAAUCAUGGAGAAGCUAGUCCUUGCACUAAUUCAUGCUUCAAGGCGGCUGCGCAGAUACUUUGCCAAUCACGUCAUCCACGUGCUAACGAACUACAACAUCGGCAACAUCCUUGCAAGGCCAGAAGUAUCAGGAAGGCUAGCCAAAUGGGCAAUAGAACUGGGAGGUCACAACGUGGUUUUCAGACCACGACCAUCGAUCAAAGGCCAAGUCUUGGCAGAUUUUAUGACAGAAGUUCCAGAUGACAAAGAAAGAGAGUGCAAAGCCAUGGAAAAGGCUGAGAAAAAGCAAACAGAAGAGCCAUGGUUGUUAUAUACCGAUGGAGCAUCUAACGAAGAUGGAGCAGGCGCAGGGCUAAGGCUGGUAAGCCCCGAUAAACAUGAGUUCACGUACGCCAUACGCCUGGAUUUUAAAAGCACAAACAACGAAGCAGAGUACGAAGCUUUCCUGGCUGGCUUACGAUUGGCAAUCAAAAUGGGGGUCCGACACAUCGAAGCGCAUGUGGACUCCAUGCUGGUAGCAGGGCAAAUAAACGGCCAAUACGAAGCCAAGGGGGAUGUCAUGGCACUCUACCUCAGCCAAGCAAAAACUUUGCUACAAACCUUCUACUCUUACAAAGUGCACCAUAUAAACAGAAGCGAGAACAAGCCGGCAGACGCGUUAAGCAAGCUCGCGUCAACAAGCUUCCAGCACCUAGCAAAAGACGCGCGCAUAGAGGUUUUGAGCAACCCAUCCGUCCCACUCAGAGAAGUAAGUGUCAUCAAGACAGGAACAACGUCCUGGAUGACACCGAUAAUCAUGUACUUGCAGUCAGGGAUACUUCCCGAAAACAAAGCCGAGGCGCGAAAAAUCCAAUACAAAUCAGAACAUUAUCAGAUGGCAGACGGGAUACUGUACCGAAAGUCGUAUCUCGGCCCGCUGCUGAGAUGUGUUGACGCCGACGACGCAAAUUACCUAAUCCGGGAAGUGCAUGAAGGAAUUUGUGGUAUUCAUACCGGGCCUCGAAUGGUGGUGGCAAAAGUGAUGAAUGUCGGAUACUACUGGCCUGGAAUGCAUCUCGAUGCUGUGAAAGAGUUAAGGAAGUGCAGUGGCUGCCAGAGACAUGCACCCAAGACCAUGCGCCCCAAAAAUGAACUCGUACCAGUCACAACCGCAUGGCCUUUUCAACAAUGGGAGGCGAAAGCACUCGCAUCAACCACCUUGGCAGUCGUCAAGAGAUUCAUAUGGGAGAAAAUCAUAUGCCGCUUUGGCCUACCUCUCCGAAUCAUCACUGAUAACGGAACUAACUUCGCAGCAGACGACCUCGAACGAUGGUUCAAAGAAUUACACAUCGAACAUACCCUCUCUUCGGUUGCGCACCCACAAGGGAAUGGUCAAGUAGAGGCAGUCAACAAAAGCAUCGUCGAUAGCAUAAAGGCAAGGCUUGGCGAGAAACGAAGAGGCUGGGUCGAUGAACUACCCAGCAUACUGUGGGCCCAUAGAACAAUGCCAAAAACAAGCAACGGUAAAACGCCGUUCAGUUUGGUCUAUGGGUCUGAAGCUGUUAUCCCAGCAGAAAUCGGGCUGCCAUCUCCAAGGAUGCUCUCCAUGAAUUUAAUCAACAAUGAAGAAGAAAGGAGGAUCGACCUAGACCUCCUAGAAAAGCAGAGAGAGAUGGCAGCAAUCAACGAGGCCAAAUACAAAACGAAGCUGGAAAAAUAUUACAACUCCAGAGUCCGAGUCUGCACUUUUAACCCGGGCGACUAUGUCCUCAGGGACAACGAAGCUUCCAACGCAGAAAAGCCCGGGAAACUGGCUCCCAAAUGGGAAGGCCCAUACGUAAUCGAUGCAGUACUCGGCAAGGGAGCUUACAAAUUGCGCACCAUCAACAACAAAGAGGUUCCACGAACCUGGAAUGCCCAACAACUCCGAAAGUGCUACAUGUAA